UGUCAAAGUGACAGAUGAUAGUGUGCGACAUAUUUUUACGCUAUCAUCCAUGGUUAAGCAACGAUUGUAAUAAAGUUAAGCGACAAAAUUCGUUCAGUUCAUUUCCUUAUCGCCACUUAAGGGAAAAGAGCGAUAGGCGUGUGACCUCAUGAGCGGGUAUUAUUCGCAGAAGGACUUGCUGAUUGAUGCACUCUGUACACGCAAAACUCCCAUCCGCCCACUUUCACCCCUUCCGAUUUGGAAUGUUCAUAUUGGGGAGUCUCGCUGUUUCGAAUCAUCCCUGCUUACCGUUUUGGGGUUAACUGAUUUUAUCUUGAUAAACGUGUCGAUCUACUUUCACGAUGUCACAUUACGAUUUUACACAUUUUAUUGAUGUUUCUUGCGUUGAACGUUGUAUCAAAGGGUAGUUGGUUACGAACUGAAGUGAUUAUCGUCGUGGCGGAGACAACGAAGAAGCAAGUGGAAUAAGAAAAUGAAAGGUUGAUCGUCGGAGCGUAGGAGAGGAGAUAAUUAAUGGGUCGACAACGGGGCGGGUAAAUUUGCAAAGCCAUUUCAAGUUUCUUCGAGCUCCUUCAACUUUCUUCGAGUUCCAGCGAUUCGCUCGUCGUCGUUUGAUAGUUUACUGUAGGUGAUUGAAUUCUUCGGACGAUUUGUAAUCGCAUCGGUAAACUUUGUACAUUUAACGCCAACCUCACCUGACGGGGUGCUCCCGUGUUCAUCGAGUGGCUCACGAAAGCCGGGUAUCGUUUCAGCCCUUCUAUCGACCACGCGAACGUCCUUCGCGCGUUCCGAAUAUUCGCUGGUACUCGCAACUUCGACAAGCGUAUAAACGACCCUCGAAAAAUUCCCAUCGAUCUCACGUCAUUGUAAAAACAUUUAGGAGGAGUUCAGAUGAUAGAGAACAAAAAGGAAAACGAUUUACGCGAUAUAUUGGUGUACAACAUUGAUGAAUAUUGGAUGCACACGAAUGAAUGAAAAAUUAACAAAUUUCACGCAGAUCGAUUCCAAUGGAGCAAGAAGGAAGCAAAAUGGUCCCAGAGUAGGGUCGGCCAUGCUUCAGUCGAUAUUGAAGUAAAUUGGUAGAAUUGUCGGCUGCCGCAAGGAGCAACACUGAUUACCUCGGCCGCUCGUUAAGUACUGUAACAAUACUAACCCCCACCACAUCCCAUACGACUCUCCCCUCUCGUGUCACUUUUCCGAGGGUGAUAGAUCCGUUGGCCAAUCCUGUCGCCUCCAUCCCCACCGUUUACCCUGCAUUUUACGUCUUCUUCUCACCCCGGCUCGACUGCGACGGAUUAUAAAACGGCAAGUGACGAUAAGCCAGAAUGAGAAGGAGAAUACACCGAAUGGUUGUCUCUGCCUCUCUAGAGCACCGCGGACAAGGAAGGAGUCAGUGUGACACGUUCAGUGUAGAAGAGAAAGAGAGAGCGUACAUUUGAAUGGUAAAAGCGAGGACAUGGUGUAAAGAAGACGCAAAAGGAGAAGAAGGCGUAGAAGAUGAGAGCAAGAAAGAAAGUAACGCAAAGGGUCUCUAUCAUGCAACCGUUCUCAACCGGCAGUACAAUGGCGACCGAAACACCGACCAGUCUUCCGCCAGAGAGGGUUACUUCACCCGCGCCCUGCAAGAACUUGACCUUCUCCAUCGCUAAAAUCAUGGAACCGGACAAACGUCUUACCGAGCAGAGCAAUAAUCAACAAACGACACCGCCGCAACCUCCACCGCCUAGCAUUCCUUCGUUAACUUAUUCCGCGCAUUUGGAAUCGGCCUUCAAGAAAUACGUGCCAACGUUGAGGCAUCAGAAUCUCUUGCAACCCUAUUCUCUUCUCUAUUAUCAUCCGAAUUCGUUGUUGAGUGCCUUUCCAGCACCACCGCCCACUACACCCACCGUUCCACAGAAUUCACCACCACCAACCACCAUUCAAAAAGCUUUCUCGAAAAUGAGCUUAACAGCGAUUUCAGCCGAGAGCCAACGCGAGAAGAAGAGUCCCGGACCACGGAACAACGAACUCAACACGACGAACAAACAGAAAACGUUCACCUGUCCCGAAUGUGGGAAGGUGUUCAACGCACAUUAUAAUCUGACCAGACACAUGCCAGUUCACACGGGAGCUCGACCGUUCGUCUGCAAGAUCUGUGGCAAGGGCUUUCGCCAGGCGAGCACCCUGUGCAGGCACAAGAUCAUCCACACAGCGGAGAAGCCGCACAAAUGUCCGACAUGCGGCAAAGCUUUUAACCGAAGCUCGACACUGAACACCCACAGACGCAUCCACGCCAAUUACAAGCCGUUCGUCUGCGAGUACUGCGGCAAGGGGUUCCAUCAAAAGGGGAACUACAAGAAUCACAAGUUGACGCACAGUGGCGAAAAGGCCUAUAAGUGCAACAUCUGCAACAAGGCGUUCCAUCAGAUCUACAAUCUGACCUUUCACAUGCAUACUCACAACGACAAGAAGCCGUUUUCUUGCAAGAUCUGCGGCAAAGGAUUCUGUAGGAAUUUCGAUUUGAAAAAACACAUGAGAAAAUUACACGAUACCGGAUCACCUGUAUUAAAUAGCCUAGGUACUUCAUCGCAAAGUCACAAUCAACAGUCUGGUUACGCGUCGGUACAGCACGGAGCCGGUGGCCAUUCGUUCGUCAAUCCUUUCUUGCUACCACCGCCUGGUACGACGAGUUAUCUCAGCAAAAUGUUGUGACAAGGCGACGGUAUUAAUUACCCGAGGAAGACACAGUGUCCUUUGAUCCUCGGAGCACCCUGUUACACGGGGGACAUCGGCCAGUUGACGCAACCCUCGAAAUGAAGAGACCUCCAUGAGGAAGAUGUCGAUGAUGAAAACACGCAUAUAGAGGGUGAAACUGGAAAUAGACGAAUACAAAUCGUCAGGUACUCACGAUGAAAGUAAGUUAUUUCCAAUACGGAGGCUAAGAAGAGAUACCAAAGACGCGGCAGAGACUUCGACAAAUGGGGAACGUGUACGUACG